AGAAAUGAGCGUCUCUAAAGAAAACUAUACUUUACGUCAAGCUGAGAAAUUUGCCAAAGCCAAAUCGUUUUUGCAAAAAAGUUCAUCAAAAAAUGGAGCAAACUUAUACGAUCACUUAUCUGCAAUUGUCACCAAAGUUCUCCACGAAAGAAUUGACGAUGCCGUUGACCUUCUUGAAGAUUUGAGCAGAAAAAUCAAGAAAAGCAAAUUCCGACCUGAGACCGAUUCAAUCAUUGAUAAAAUUGAUCGAUCGAGUGAAGUUGCUCUGGCAGAAGUGCAGUUGCCACUCUUUAAGGCUAAAAAUACGUUAUUUUAGGAAGAUGACGAGGUUGAGCCCGAUGAAGAUUCCGAAUCCAUUUUGAACAACCUGAUGGAGUCUUUCUACUACUUUGAACAAAUCGGAGUUGGCUUUGGGCGGGAAGAAUCUACAAAAAUUUGUUUAGCCAUGAAAAAACUGACGGAAGAAUAUCCUCUCCGAUCGGCAACUUUUUGGGGGAAAAUAUUUGGUCUGGAACAAAACUAUUACAUUGCCGAAGCCGAGUUUAAGGAAGGUGAAGAAGAAGAGGAAGAAGUAUUAUUUUUUUACAAAACGAGGAAAACUCCGAAGGUGCCCACGUCUAGUUAUUUUGUAGAAGAAAAGGCGGAAGAUGAGCCUCCAAAGUCUCAAUAUAAACCUCUACCAAAACCUCCGGCAGAGUUACCCAGGACGGGGGUCAACAAAAAAACAUAUUUUGUCUGCAAUGACCCUGGAAAAAGGUGGUCCAAACUACCGAAUGUGACCCCUGAACAAAUCCAAAUUUCACGCAAAAUACAAAAAUAUUUCAGUGGAACUCUCAACAGCCCGGUCGUUUCAUAUCCUGAGUUCCCUGGGAAUGAGGCUGAGUAUCUCCGAGCCCAAAUAGCACGGAUCACUGCAGGAACAAUGAUCUCUCCGCUCGGAUUUUACCAUUUUGAAGAGGAGGAAGAGGAAGAGGAAGAAACUGGAGGUAUCUUAAAGUCUAAUUUGAAUUAA